AUGGUCUCUCGCUACGAACGUAUUGGCAGAUCUCAGCAACAUCCACGACGCACAGUCAAGCUUGAUGCACGAGCACGCUAUGCCUUGCUUGUAGCCCUUGCACUCGGCGCAAUCGGGUUCCUCGGAUUUUCCUUUCUCGGCAAGGGUGAAGCACGACCGAAGCAGGGCUACAAGGCUGCUGCCCGGCGUAAAGCAAAGUGCGACCCAUAUCGACUCCCUGGUCGCUUGAUUGUCGAUAGGCCGAGCUAUUUUGGCACAAGAUGGGAGCCCUACGACGACGCAUGCCAGCCUCGAUCCAUCGUGGCUUCUCUCAACACAAGCAGGACGGAUGCCAGUCUCGCUUGGCUCAGAGAUCGAACUAUCAUGAUCCUGGGCACCAGGCAAGACCGAGCGAAUCUCGAGUACUUUUGCGAGCACGCGAACGGCUCCAUGGAGACCUAUCUGCCAGACAACAGCUUGACACCUGCCAUCGAAGGAUCGGGAUGGGCAAACUCUGCUUCUUUCGGCAAGGACACCGCUACUGCCCCGAUCUCUUGCUACGUUGAGCGCUAUGAGCUGCUCAUGAUGGCAGUUUCUCAUUUCGGCCUCAUUGAGGAAGAGCAAGAUUAUACCGUUCGAGGUUGGUACCCUCCUGUAGCGGCAGAGGACCGCAUCGCAGCAAUACUGCUGCCGCUGCAUGCAAACCUAGCCAAGCGGUGGCAGCGCGACCUAAAAGUCGAUCUCGUUGAGCUGGGCGCGAGCGUAUGGGAUGCGCUACUACCAGAAGGUGACGAUGCAGGCAUAACGGAGCGGCUCGGCGCAUGGAUUAAUUCACUUCAGACGAUUCUGAUACGACUGGCCAAGUCCUUCGAAGGCUCGCCAAUUGUGCUUGCCCGCUCUCUACCAAGAGACGACAGUACGAGUAUGGCGAUUGACUCUGCUAUGAGGUACACUAUCGAUGCCAUUCACAAGCACAUCAAGCCCGCUAUCUCAGAGCGGAUCAUCCUCGACGAAAGCGGUGCCCUGCUCAGUGGUCAGCGCGCAUACAGCCCCGCCAAUGCAGUUCUUUGGGCCGAUGUCAUCUUAUGGGAGCUUCACAACAAAGUCUCUUGA